UUUUAUCUUACUCUAUAGUAAGCUAUAACCAUUUCUUUAUCGGUCUUCCAUUAUUUUAAGGUUUUUUUUUACUCGUGUUGUUUUUGUUUUUUGUUUUAUUUUUUAUCUAUUAAGUAAGUAAUUUUUAUAUCUAAAACGUACGCGUGUUUAAUUUACCUAUAUAAAUUUCCAAAAAAGAUGAACGUAGCGACGAAGGCGAAAAGUAUUCGAUACGUGUUUAGCAUGUAACCUCGCGUUCGAUGGCUCAAUUCGGCAGAUUUUAUCUACCUCCAUUUAGCGCUGUUGUAAAUGUGGUACGCGAAACAGCCAAAUCAAUCGUGCCUGAAGAUAGCCCUUGCUUGGAGAUAUUGAAAAAAGCAACUGGUAAUGAUAAAAAUCAACCCCAAAAUGAUAACGCCGCCGCCACCGCCGAACAGACGCGAUUUACUCAGAAUAAAAAACCACAAAGCGGAUACUCGGGCAUAUUCGAAAGUAACACGUCUUACGACGAGAUAGAAGGCGAAAAUGUCGCUAAUAAGAUCGACUACGAUGGGCAACCAUAUCAGAGAUCAGGACCUCAGAAAUUCUCCAUCGCUCCGGGUAGUUUCGAAGAAAGCCAAGAUUUUGGCGACGAAUGCGGCGAGUUCAAAAGCAGGCAUAAAAUUAACGAAUGGCAAGCUGCUUGGAAUGUUACUAAUGCUAUCCAGGGAAUGUUCAUCGUCUCGCUGCCAUUCGCCGUCUUACGCGGAGGAUACUGGGCGAUAUUCGCAAUGGUGGGAAUCGCUUACAUAUGCUGCUACACCGGUAAAAUCCUGAUCGAAUGCCUUUACGAGAUCGACCUAAACAACGGUCAACGUGUCAGAGUACGCGACUCAUACGUCAGCAUAGCCAGCGAAUGUUUCGGACCUGUUUGGGGAGCCAGAGCUGUAAACGUGGCUCAAAUGAUCGAACUACUAAUGACUUGCAUACUUUACAUCGUAGUCUGCGGCGAUCUGAUGAUUGGUACGUUUCCAGAUGGUUUCAUAGAUGGUCGAAGUUGGAUGUUCAUCACCGGUUUGUUCCUGCUACCUUUGGGUUUCGUAAAAUCACUGCAUCACGUAUCGUUGCUAAGCUUCUGGUGCACCAUGUCUCAUUUGGUCAUAAACGCCGUUAUCUUGGGUUACUGCCUGCUGGAGUUACCAGACUGGGGCUGGAGCAAGGUGAAAUUUCACAUAGACACGAAAAAUUUCCCCAUCUCUUUGGGCGUAAUUGUGUUCAGCUACACGUCGCAAAUUUUCCUGCCUACUUUAGAAGGCAACAUGGUAGAUAGAUCGAAAUUCGACUGGAUGCUGGAUUGGAGCCAUAUCGCGGCCGCCGUUUUUAAAUCGCUGUUCGGUUACAUUUGCUUUUUAACGUUUCAAAACGAUACUCAACAAGUGAUCACUAAUAACUUACAUUCUCCCGGAUUCAAAGGUAUGGUCAACUUCUUCCUGUUCAUCAAAGCGUUGUUAUCGUAUCCGUUACCGUAUUACGCUGCCUGCGAAAUACUCGAGAAAAACUUCUUCAAAGGACAGCCGGAAACGAAAUUCCCAUCCAUAUGGUAUCUAGACGGCGACUUGAAAAUAUGGGGAUUGGCGUUCAAACUCGCAGUCAUCGUUGGUACCGUUUUAAUGGCCGUGUCCAUUCCGCAUUUCGCUAUUUUGAUGGGAUUCAUUGGCAGUUUCACCGGCACCAUGUUAUCGUUCAUUUGGCCGUGCUAUUUCCAUUUGAAGUUAAAAGGUAAUUCGUUACAAUGGAAAACUGUGAUUUUUGAUUGUUUUGUUAUUUCUUUGGGUUUUCUGUUCGGUAUCAUCGGCGUAUACGAUUCCGGAUCCGCUAUGAUCGAAGCUUUCGAAAUUGGUCUUCCAUUUUAAAACCUAUAUUAUUACUAUUAUAGUGGUCGUCGUACGUAUUGUAUAUACCUACUUAAGGAAUUAUGUUGACUGUAUAUAUCAUACUUCCCUCUCACCCUUUAUUCAAAAUGUUCGGAGUAGUUGAAAGUAGCUGAAAUUAACGAUAAUUGUUUAGAAAUCCGCUUUUGUGUAUCAAAUCAGCAAUUCAUAUCAAGCAAAAACAAUAGAUACCUAUUUUGAAAUUAAACUAAAACGUUGAUAAGGAUCCUGUAACUGAAUUGAGCUGGAAAGCAAAUCUCAUCUUUCAUAACAGACUGACUCAGCUACUUUAUAAUUCUGUAUGCAAUUUUUUUUUUCAAAAGUUAAAAACCGUAAUGUAGGUACUAUAUUUACCUACCUACUUGUAGUAUGUAGUUAACAUAGAAAUAAGUAUGUUGAAUGUAUUUGUGAACCUUUUGAAAAUUUUAUAGAAUGAGUCAUAAACGAAAGUUAUAAGGCAAAAGAUAAUCUAGUUGAUGUGCUCCGUGUAAAAAAGUGUGAAAAGCAUGCUUAUAAAACAUAAUUAAUACACACAUGAGCGUUCACCAGGUCUGUGUCUAGAUUGAGGGUGAGUUUAGAUGGCUCUAAACCACUUGGUUUAUUACUCACAAGGGAACCUCUUGAGGUGUCACACUCCGAUUUGAACGGGACCGCGAUUUAUGGAAAGAGCAUAGUCCAAAACCUUCAAAACCAAAUUUUCAGCUGCCCAAGUUCAUUUUUCGAUUUUUGGCGAAUUUUUGAAAAUUCAAAAUUGGCUGUUUUUGGCGAUUUCUGCUUUUUUUAAAAAAAGUACGUACUUGAUCAGUAAAAAUGGUCAAAAUAAAUCCAAAAACUAAUACUAAUUACCCAAAUCCAAAUUUUACCAUUUCCAGCCAUUCUGGAGCCUCCAGGCAGAUUUUUCAAUUUCUCCAGAAUUUUGAAUAUGCUAAAGAAGGCGUGAAUAUGAAGUUGGGCAGCUAAAAAUCGAGUUGUAUAUUACACUCGAUCUGUUUAACGAGUUUAUGCACAUUUGAGCCGAUUUUGAGAGUAAAACCUCAUAAGUGGUUUUUUGACCAGCUUUUUUCAAAAUCAAAAAAUCCAAAAAAUCAAAAGUUUCCCGUUUGUGUGGAAAUUUUUGAAAUUUACGCGAAUCGCUGUAUUUUAUCCAAAACUAACCCUCCAAAUCCAAAUUUCACAAUUUCCCGCCAUUCUGGAGCCUCCAGCGCGAUUUUUCAAUUUCUCCAGAAUUUUGAAUUUGCUCCAGAAGGCGUGAAUAUGAAGUUAGACAGCUAAAAAUCGAGUUGUAUAUUACACUCGACCUGUUUAACGAGUUUAUCCACAUUUGAGCCGAUUUUGAGAGUGACACCUCAAGAGUGGUUUUUUGAGGUGUCACUCUCGCUCCAAAACGGCUGGAAAUGGUAGAAUUUGCGCUCCGGGGGUUAGUUCUUGAAGAAAUACAGCGAUUCGCGUAAAUUUCAAACAUUUCCUCACAAACGGUUAUUUUUGGAUUUUUUGGAUUUUUUAAUUUUGAAAAUAGCUGGUCAAAAAACCACUCUUGAGGUAUCACUCUCAAAAUCGGCUCAAAUGUAGAUAAACUCGUUGAACAGGUCGAGUAUGAUACACAACUCGAUUUUUAACUGCCCAACUGCAUAUUCACGCAUUCUGAAGCAAAUUCAAAAUUCUGGAGAAAUUGAAAAAUCGCGCUGGAGGCUCCAGAAUGGCGGGAAAUUGUGAAAUUUUGAUUUGAUGGGUUAGUUUUGGAUAAAAUACAGCGAUUCGCGUGAAUUUCAAAAAUUUCCACAAAAACGGGAAUUUUUUGAUUUUUUAAUUUUGAAAAAAGCUGGUCAAAAAACCACUUUUGAGGUGUCACUCCCAAAAUUGGCUCAAAUGUAGAUAAACUCGUUAAGCAAGUCGAGUAUAAUAUACAACUCGAUUUUUAGCUGCCCAACUGCAUAUUCACGCCUUCUGGAGAGAAUUCAAAAUUCUGGAGAAAUUGAAAAAUCGCGCUGGAGGCUCCAGAAUGGCUGGAAAUAGUAAAAUUUGGAUUUGGGUAAUCAAUAUUAGUUUUGGGACUUAUUUUGACCGUUUUUACUGAUCAAGUUCGUAUACUUUUUUAAAAAAAGCAUAAAUCGCCAAAAACAGUCAAUUUUGAAUUUUCAAAAAUUCGCCAAAAAUCGAAAAAUGAACUUGGGCAGCUGAAAAUUUGGUCUUGGGGGUUUUAGACUAUGCUCUUUCCAAAAAUCACGGUUCCGUUCAAAUCGGAGUGUGACACCUCAAGCGGUUCCCUUGUUAACUCAUUCAGGAUGCGUCACUACUCGUCAAAAUUCAGCGUUUCUGCGUUGCUGAUGAUAUCAUUAAUCCACCUUUUUACUUAAUUUUCCUGCUGGGUGUCCCUUAAAUAAGAGUCUUAUCAUUCAACUUUAUAGAAAACUCAUUUCAAACUCAAAUAUGUAUGUUAUUUUUUCAAUGAUUAUUUUGAUUUUUUUUCUGGGAAUUAUGAAAUGAGAAAAAAUCAGUAGAUAGAUUUAUUGGUAAUUCGAAAAAGAGUUCCUAGCCUUUUAAAAUGGGGGGGGGGAAUCCAAAAUGAUGGAUACAGACCUGGUUUGCUCAUUAGUCUGAAAAUUAGUCAUGAACUAACGAAUUUUUCAAUAAAAUUAAAAAGUUAGUUAUUUUCAUCUCGGAAUGAUAUUCCAACUUACCUCUAACUCGACUCACCAUUGAAGACCUUGUGAUCUUGAUGGAAGGGUUGCAGUAGACGAGAAAUCCGUUGGAUGCGAAUCUCUGCAUUAUUUCAAUUUGGAUAUUACACUACAGAAAUGUUUGCUCAAAUUUCUCUCACAACACAUCAUCAAAAUUUUUAUGUUUUAAUUGACACUUUGACUUUUUGAAUAAAUUCAAAAUGUUUAUGAAUUUACAUUUGGGAUCAUCAAUUAUUUACCUAGACCCACCUAUUUUUUAUAUUUAUUUAGUAGUAAUUCUAAUUUCUAACUCUUUAAGUUAUCAAAGUUGAAAACAAUAUUAUCUACACGUCGAUUUCUAUUCGCUCGAGUGUCAAUUAAUGAUAAUACCUAUUUUUAAUUCGAUGUAUUUAUAUAGGUAUUAACCUGCAUGAAAAAAUUUUUAUUUGAAAAUCGAACGAGUUAGUAUUUCAAAAACAGCCAAGGAAAUCAUUUAUAUUAUCAUACCCAUAAGUAUGUGCAAUAUAUUGGGUACCUACCUACCUAUUCGAUAUUUUGUAAUGCCUAUUGGCGCAUCUGGAAUUUAAAUUGAAUCCGGUUUUUUUAUUCUUUGUUUUUAUUUCUAUUUUAAAAAUCAAUAAUCAUGCUCACCUAUACCAUCAUGCAAUAAAAUUACACUUCCUAUAACUAAUUUCAAUUAUGUGAUGUGAUGACCAUUUUGAAAAUCUUGCAUACCUAAGGGCAAAUUUGUUACUAACGAAAUGAUGCGGCGUUUCGGAAUAUUACACGUACCUAUCUAUAGUUUUUACAUUGUUGAUCUUUAUAAUAUAUAUAUAAUACAAUACGACGUUGUCGAAAAAUAAUUAGUGAUAGAAUCUAAUAAGUAAUUACGUCUUCCUUACAAUACUUAUUUUUAAUCGUGUAUCGAAGUCUUCCAAAUUAUACAAUAUUGACGAUGAGUCUUUAUUUUCAUUGUAUUAUUUUUACAUUUUACCUUGCAGUAUUCUGUAUUUUAAUUUAAUUAUCGCUUAAUCGUGAUUUUAUUACGUGCUGAAUUUAUGCAUUUAAUACAUAGAUAAUUUGUUUAUAUUAUUUUUUUAAAAUUGUUCAUCAAUUUCAAAAUGACUGAUAAAAUUCGGAGUUAUUUUAUAUCAUUCAGUAGAAAAUUUUAAAAACAUUUCAAUUUCUUUUUUUUUGUUUUUAAAUUAUAAGUACUUAUUUAUUAUUAUACUACCUACCUAUUAACUGUAUACUCCGUUGUUGUAGUGGAUAAUUGAAAUUCUUCAUUGUUGAUUAUUAAGUAUAUUUUUUUAUGUAAAAGAAAAAAAAAACGAAAAAAGAACGAAAAAUCCAAGUACAUACAUGCUCUAGGUAAAUACCUUUAAAACAGAAUAACAUUUUUCGAGUAAAUUUACAAAAUUUGUAAGACACAAACUAUGUGAUAGAAAGAAAGAAUUUUUAUUUUGCCUUUCUGAAAAAUGUAUAUUAUUCUACCUGAUUGCAAAAGGCGUAAUAAUCACAAAAAAGAUGAAAAGAAAAGUUAGUUUUCAAAUCAAAAAGAACUUUCAUUUGGAAAUUUUUUUUGUACUGUACUCUCGUGAAAAUAAACAAUAAAUAAAAUUUACUUCGAUUCGAGAUCGAAAAUCAUGAAUAUAAAAUUAAUUAUUUUUACAAUUCAAUACCUGUUGUUUGUUGCGUAGAUUUGCAUUCGUAAGUAGACCCGAAAAAAUAUGAAAAUUAGGAUCUACUUUACUUCCAUCGAUAAAAUAUUUAAAAACAACGAUAUUCAAGUACAAAAAUUCACACACUCACGUGAUUAAUGUUUUAUUGUGUUCUAUUCUGUUCAUAAAUUAUCAUUCGAGAUGAAUAAUUUUAUAAAAUACCUAUAUCAUGAGGAUAAAUUACAGUGUCUUCCAAAAUAUUUUCUACAGUCAUUUAACUCGUCUUCCAUUUAUUAUUACCUUAUUUUAUUCUUAAUAAACAUAAAUUUUGUUAUCAUGGUAACUUAUAAUGUAUAAUUUUUGCUUCUUUUUUUACAUUAUGUUAUUAAUGUAGCACAGUAUAUAUUCGUGAUGAAAUAAUUUCAUGAAAUAAAUACACGAUAACUUGAUCGAAG